CACGUUCCCAUGUGGCUCUGUGCUCUAUCGCCAACCUCGAUUUUCCCAACUCCAAACAAGUUCAAAACUUUGAAAUCCCAAGACCUCCACUUCUCCGCACUUCUUCUUCUUCCUCGCACUGAACCACUCGCUCUCUUCGGCAACUCUUCGUUGCAAAAUCUCCUCUUCAAUCUCUCUCUCAAAAGAUUAGAAUUCAAAACUAAAACAGAACAAACAUGGCCGUAAUCCCUUUCAAAGUCACAGCCUGUCUCAUUCUAUUUACCUUCACUAACCUUCCACUCCUGUCCUCUCUAAACACUGAUGGCCUAGCUCUCCUAGCCCUCAAAGCCGCAAUCACUGCUGACCCGACGGACACUUUAGCGUCUUGGUCGGAAACUGACCCAACCCCAUGUCACUGGCAUGGUAUCACUUGCAUUAACGACAGAGUCACUUCUCUUUCACUCCCUGACAAAAACUUCACUGGUUACAUACCCUUUGAACUCGGCCUUCUUGGCUCGCUAACUCGACUCACUCUCUCUCGCAACAACUUCUCUAAAUCCAUACCUUCACAUCUCUUCAACGCAACAACUCUCCGCUUUCUUGAUUUGUCUCAUAAUUCUCUCUCAGGUCCAAUUCCUGCCAAUGUUGUAUCUUUAGAAGCCUUAACCCACUUGGAUUUAUCUUCUAAUUGUCUAAAUGGGUCUCUCCCUGCAUCUUUGAAUAAGCUAAAAAGCUUAACAGGAGCUUUAAAUUUGUCAUACAAUUCAUUUUCUGGUGAGAUUCCAGGGUCUUAUGGGUUCUUUCCAGUAAUGGUGAGUUUAGAUUUAAGACACAAUAAUCUUAGUGGCAAAGUGCCUUUAUUUGGGUCGUUAGUGAACCAAGGGCCUACUGCAUUUGCAGGAAACCCAAGUCUUUGUGGGUUUCCUUUACAAACUGCAUGUCCUGAAGCUGUUAAUAUCACAGUUAGUGAUAAUCCCGAGAACCCGAAAGACCCAAAUCCUGUUCUUUUUCCUGGGAGUGUUGGGAAAGUGAAAGUCAAAACAGGGUCAGUUGCAGUUCCCUUAAUUUCGGGCUUCUCGGUGGUGAUCGGUGUUGUUACAGUAUCCGUGUGGCUGUAUCGGAAAAAACGGAGGGCAGAUGAGGGUAAAAUGGGAAAAGAGGAAAAGAUCGAGAAGGGUGACAAUAAUGAGGUGACUUUUAACGAGGAGGAGCAAAAGGGUAAAUUUGUGGUGAUGGAUGAAGGGUUUAAUAUGGAAUUAGAGGAUUUGUUGAGGGCAUCUGCGUAUGUGGUGGGGAAGAGUAGGAGUGGCAUAGUGUACAAGGUGGUCGUGGGUGGGGGUGGGUCUGGUACGGCGAUGCCUACGGUUGUUGCUGUGAGGAGGCUUAGUGAAGGUGAUGCCACAUGGAAGUUGAAGGAGUUUGAGUCUGAGGUUGAAGCAAUUGAGAGGGUCCAUCAUCCUAAUAUUGCAAGGCUGAGAGCUUAUUACUUUGCUCAUGAUGAGAAGUUGCUGGUCUCUGAUUUUAUCCGCAAUGGAAGCCUGUACUCUGCUCUGCAUGGAGGACCCUCUAACACUUUGCCAGUGCUAUCAUGGACGGCAAGGUUGAAAAUUGCUCAAGGAACUGCUAGGGGUUUAAUGUACAUACAUGAGCAUAGCCCUCGAAAGUACGUUCAUGGCAACUUAAAAUCAACAAAAAUUCUGCUUGACGAUGAACUCCAGCCUUACAUCUCUAGUUUUGGGCUCACUCGUCUUGUUUGGAAUAGCUCAAAAUUCGCAACUUCAGCAUCGAAAAAGCAGUAUCUAAACCAAACCAUUUCCUCUGCAAUGGGCUUGAAAAUCUCAGCGCCGUCCAACAUUUACUUGGCACCAGAAGCUCGAGUCUCUGGCAGCAAGUUCUCUCAGAAAUGCGAUGUGUACUCAUUUGGAAUUGUACUGAUGGAACUUUUAACUGGUCGGCUACCUGGUGCAGGAUCAGAAAAUGAUGGUGAAGGACUAGAGAGUCUGGUGAGGAAGGUCUUUCAAGAGGAACGACCCUUGUCUGAGAUUAUAGACCCGGCACUCUUAAGUGAGGUUCAUGCAAAGAAACAGGUCAUCGCAGUGUUUCAUAUUUCACUCAAUUGCACUGAACUAGACCCCGAGUUGCGUCCUAGGAUGAGAACUGUGUCUGAGAGUCUUGACCGCAUCAAAUUGCAUUGAAGAAGGAGACGUAAGACCCUUGUAAAGAUUUUUUUCCAGCUGUGACUGAUGCUGACGCUGGUUUGAUUUGAUGGUCCCCUCCAUGCUCUAGAGGGGACUGGAUGUCUUAUUAGACAGAUUAUUCGAAGCUAAUGUUCUCAUGUGAUGACUUCUGUCCAUCUGGACCUGUUUCUGGUUUCUGGUUUCUGCAUGACUGUUAUCAGGUAUCUUAUCUGUGGUAAAAUAUCUUAGCAAAUCUUGAUGAAGUACAAGGAGUUACGAACUUCCAAAACGAAAAA